UUUUGACUUUCAUUUCUAGUGGAACAAUGUUUAUCACCUGUUAACCUUCUCAAAUGCAACAAGUGCAGCAACAAAUAGGUUCAGCUUCUAAGGUAGUAAAGGUGUUGCCGGACGAUUUGGAGUUUGCAAAAGAUGUAUUAACUGGGACCAGCUUAUUGCAGCAACGAGCAUCUGAUAUAAGGAAUCAAAAAAUCAAUUGGCAAUCUUAUAUGCAGAGUCAAAUGAUUAGUCCCGAAGAAAUGGAUUUUAUUAUUAUGUUAGAACAAGCUAAUUCUUCUCAGAAAAAUCAAAUUUUAGAAAAAAAUCCAGCUUUGUGUGCCAAGAUUCUAAUUAGUAUGAUGCAACAUAUAUCAAAAGAACAAACCAUUCAAUAUAUACUAACUCUUCUGGAUGAUUUAUUGCAGGAAGAUAAGAAAAGAGUUGAAAUAUUUAAUGAUUAUGCACAAAAUAAUCAGACUACUGUUUGGGGGCCAUUCCUACACAUGCUGAAUAGAAAAGAUGGCUUUAUAGCUAAUCAAGCAAGUCGUAUCAUCGCGAAAAUAGCCUGUUGGUCUAAUCAGCAAAUCAUGCAGGGCCCUGACCUCGAUUACUACCUGAUAUGGCUGAAGGAUCAAAUGAAGAAUCCUAACAACGAAUACAUGCAAACAGUGGCCAGGUGUUUACAGAUGCUUAUGACAGUUAAGGAUUAUAGGAAGCCCUUCUUCGAACUUGGCGGGGUUCAGGAAAUAAUGAAUCUCCUGAACAAGAAAGUUAAUUUCCAAAUUCAAUAUCAAUUCGUGUUCUGUCUCUGGUGCCUGAGCUUCGACGCGCAACUGGCGGAGAAGAUGAGCGCCUACAACAUCAUUCCUUUGCUGUCCGAAAUAUUGAUCGAUUCCGGAAAAGAAAAAGUUACCAGAAUAACUUUAGGAACAUUGCGACACUUGCUCGAAAACCCGACGUCCCGAGACGUCGUUCAUUCCAAUUGCGUGUCUAUGAUUCGCUGCAAAGUUUUUAAGCAGCUUCAACUUAUCACGUCUAACAAGGUGGACGAUCCCGAGAUGCUGAGCGAUAUACAAUAUCUCGCCAAAACCCUGCAAGAAGCCGUUCACGAUUUGAGCACCUUCGACGAGUAUACCUCAGAGGUUAAAUCCGGCUUUCUUGAAUGGAGUCCCGUUCACAAAUCCCAACGUUUCUGGAACGAGAACAUCGAAAAGUUCAAUGAUAAGGGCUUCGAAUUAGUCAAAAUUCUGGUUCAAAUCCUCAAGAUUAACCUUCAACCCACUUUCGUCGCCGACGGUAAAGUUUCAGAAAACACCCAAGUUUAUGGUGGCGAGGCUGGUCAAAGUGAAACUAGCGAUUCAGCCGAUAAAAAUGUGGAGAAAACAUUUUCGAACAAUGGAAUCCUUAGAGACAGGAAUACCAUUCUAGCUGUCGCGUGUCACGAUUUGGGGGAAUACGUAGGUCAUUAUCCACCUGGGAAAAGGAUUGUGGAAAGACUAGGAGCCAAACAGCUGAUCAUGUCCUUGCUCACCAAUCGAGAUCCUUCCGUUCGAUACGAAGCCUUAGUAGCCUUGCAAAAGAUAAUGGUGCACAAUUGGGAGUAUUUGGGGCGUCAACUAGACAAGGAAAAUCAAAUAUCUGGCAGCAGCGCGAAUAAAACCAAUACGUCGAACAAAAAUGAAUCGGAUAUAGUGGCAGCCGUCAAUAAAGGGCCUGGAAAAGCGGGGAAAAUAACCACCUAAAAAAAUAUACUUUUUGUUUUCUAACAAAAGAAUAAGCAAUAUUAUAUUUAUUAAAUAUAAAAUAAUUAUAUUCGAUGUUUUUGAAAUUUGUAAACUCUAUCCGUGAACUCGAAUGGAGUAGAAUUAUGUUAAAAAAAACGUUUUAAAUAAAAUUAAUAAAUGUAAAAAAAAAAUAAUUAAAUACUAAUAUUAUAUUUAUCCACUAAU